AUGGCGGAUCAACACGACGUUGAUCUCGACUCUAUUAUUGACCGCCUCCUCGAGGUGCGCGGUAGCCGUCCUGGCAAGCAGGUACAGCUUCUGGAGACCGAAAUUCGAUAUCUCUGCACAAAGGCCAGGGAGAUCUUCAUCAGCCAGCCAAUCCUACUAGAGCUAGAGGCCCCUAUCAAGAUCUGCGGCGAUAUUCAUGGCCAAUACUAUGACCUACUGCGCCUCUUCGAAUAUGGCGGCUUCCCCCCGGAAGCGAAUUACCUUUUCCUAGGUGAUUAUGUAGAUCGUGGCAAGCAGUCGCUCGAGACCAUCUGCCUCUUGCUCGCAUACAAGAUCAAGUACCCCGAAAACUUUUUCAUCCUAAGGGGUAACCACGAAUGUGCGUCCAUCAACCGUAUCUAUGGCUUCUACGACGAGUGCAAGCGCCGUUACAAUAUUAAGCUAUGGAAGACAUUCACCGACUGCUUCAACUGCCUGCCGAUUGCAGCAAUCAUUGAUGAGAAGAUCUUCACGAUGCAUGGUGGUCUAAGUCCCGACCUCAACUCGAUGGAACAGAUCCGCCGAGUAAUGCGACCAACCGACAUUCCUGACUGCGGUCUGCUGUGCGACCUGCUAUGGUCCGAUCCGGACAAGGAUAUCACGGGCUGGAGUGAAAAUGACCGUGGCGUUUCAUUUACCUUUGGUCCCGAUGUUGUCUCUCGGUUCUUGCAAAAACACGAUAUGGACCUGAUCUGCCGUGCCCACCAGGUUGUGGAAGAUGGCUACGAAUUCUUCUCGAAGCGUCAAUUGGUCACUCUGUUCAGUGCACCGAAUUACUGCGGAGAGUUCGACAACGCCGGAGCUAUGAUGAGUGUCGACGAGAGCUUGUUAUGUUCCUUCCAAAUUCUCAAACCUGCUGAGAAGAAACAAAAGUACGUCCAUGGCGGCCUCGGAGGCAGCGGUUUCGCAUCUCCAAGAAAGCAAUCAUCCAAGUCUUAA